AUGUAUGAAGUCAUGGAAUUAAUCAACGGCAUCUUCCAUGCGGCAUUUGAGGCCCUGAUGGACCGAAAGUCCUACGGUCUGGAGGAAAGCCGCCAUGCCCCCAAGAUGGGAGGGAGCCAGAGGUCGACCCCCUUCAAGACUUCUGGUGAACAGAAGAAUCCUUCCUUGUCAUUUGCUUCCACCUCGCUUUCUCAUCAUCCCAUUGAUCACACAUCCCCUCUCAGUCACGUAUCCGACACCGAGAGGUCUACCAAGAUGCCUCCUGUCGCGAACGUAGACGAUACUGCUGGCUUUAUGGCAGCGGCUAGGGCCUUCAAGCUGAACCCGGCUAGCUACACUUCCCCUGUCACUCCCAUUGCCCAGGAAGACUCCAACGAGCAGGUUGAAACUUGGAAGGCUCCUGAAGAAUCUACUGGUGUGUUACCUGAUGCAGCGGAUGUUAUCUCCGUGUCUGCCUCCAAUAAGAUGCGUUCCUCUCGUAAGUUCCCCCUGUCCUCGAAUGCCUUUGAGCUCAAGCUGGUCCCAGCCAACAUUGACACACCGUCGGUAGCAGACACCACCAAGCAGAAGACUGUUGGGGUUUCGAACGAUGCUGUCUCUUUCGCCGCGGAUGCUGGUGCAUUGAGAGAGUCUGCUGGAGAAGAAGGGUAUCGUGAGCAUCUGACGACUUUUGAGACCUGGGGAAGGCCGGUCGCUCGUGACAAGCCUGCUGCUCGUGUGCGAACCAUCAUAAUCAAGGGGUUGCCAUCUGCCUGGGCUAGUCCUGCCAAGGUGCUGCCCUUCAUCUAUGGGGGCGCGAUCGAGAACAUCUCUGUUUCUUCCUCCGGCACCGCCCUCAUUCGGUUCUGCGAUCCUGAUGCAUGCCAGGCUUUCUACGAUAAGUACCCAAAUGGCAUUGACCUUGACAAGAGCCGCAAGCUCACCGUGUUCGUGGAAAUGGGCAAGGAUGUCAACGUGGUCAGCUCCCAGCUCUCGUUCAACCUGUCUGUUGGAGCCACCCGCGUCGUCUGUGCUGUCGGCGUUGACAUGGAUAUCACCAUGGCCCAGCUGGCUCAGUUGGCUUCUUCCCAGAACAGAAAGGUUGAGAAGAUCCUGGACUACUAUGUCCCUGACGUCCCGAGAACCGUCACUUUCCGUUUCUGUAGCAUCGAGGAUGCUGUGCGUUUCCGCGCCGCGAUUAUUCGCAAUAUCGAAUGGGAGCAGUGUAAUGUGCAGUACACCACUGAUCCUUGUGACGCUGCUGCUGGUGUCCACGUGGACUAA